AUGUCGCGGCCUUUCCCUGCGGCGUCGGUGUUCCGCCCCAUUUGGCGGCGGAACUUCUCUGCCUCGACCUCCAAGCGAGCCAUAGACAAGCGCGCGAGCUCUGCCGCCGAUGCUAUCAAGGACAUGAAGGGUCCGGCCACCGUCCUGGUCGGUGGCUUUGGUUUCUCGGGUGUCCCCAACACCCUGAUCAACGCUGUGCGUGACCGCCCCGACAUCAAGGACCUCACUGUUGUCUCGAACAAUGCUGGUAUGCCCGGCGCUGGGCUCGGUCAGCUACUCGAGUCCAAGCAGAUCAGUAAGAUGAUCGCUUCCUUCAUUGGCGAGAACAAGGUGUUCGAGAAGAUGUAUCUUAGCGGUGACCUAGCCCUGGAGCUCACUCCCCAAGGCACCAUCGCUGAGAAGUGUGCUGCUGGAGCCUCUGGUGUUCCCGCUUUCUAUACCCCCGCUGCUUUUGGUACAAUUGUUCAAACUGGUGAACUCCCCGUUCGGUACAACAAGGAUGGCUCUGUGGCUGAAAAGUCCAAGCCUAAGGAGACCCGCGUUUUCAACGGCAAGGAAUACCUUCUGGAAGAAUCGAUCUUUGGUGACUACGCUCUGGUGAAGGCCCACAAGGCCGAUAAGCUGGGUAACUGCCAAUUCCGCAAGUCUAUGAACAACUUCAAUGAGGCUAUGGGCAAGAACGCCAAGUUCACCAUUGUCGAGGCCGAUGAGAUUGUUGAGGUCGGCGAGAUUGCUCCCGAGAACGUUCACCUGCCAGGCAUCUACGUCGACGCGGUCAUCAAGAGCACCGAGAAGAAGCAGAUCGAGAAGGUCACCUACGCCAAGGACCCCUCUGAGAUGCUUGCUGCUGGCUCCGGUGAUGCGACCGCCCGGCGUGAGCGUAUCGUCAAGCGUGCCGCCAAGGAGUUCAAGGACGGCAUGUACGUCAACCUCGGUAUUGGUAUCCCCCUGAUUGCCCCGUCCUACCUUCCCGAGGGUGUCGAGGUUGUCCUGCAGGCUGAGAACGGUAUCCUGGGUCUGGGUGGCUACCCCCAGCCCGGCCAGGAGGACCCCGAUCUGAUCAACCCCGGCAAGGAGACUGUCACUCUGGGCCGUGGUGCUUCCCUGUUCGGCUCUCACGAGAGCUUCGGCAUGAUUCGCGCUGGCAAGAUUGAUCUCACAAUGCUGGGUGCCCUCCAGGUCAGCCAGUACGGUGAUCUGGCCAACUUCAUGCUUCCCGGCAAGGUUAAGGGUAUUGGCGGUGCCAUGGAUCUGGUUGCCAACCCCGAGAAGACCAAGGUUGUUGUGACCAUGGAGCACACCGACAAGAAGGGCAACCCCAAGAUUCUGGCCGACUGCACCUUCCCCCUGACCGGCCCCCGCUGCGUCUCUACCAUCAUUACCGACCUAGCUGUCUUUGACGUCAGCACCUCCGAGGGUCUGACCCUGAUCGAGCACGCCGAGGGUAUCACCGUGGAGGAGAUCCGCAGCAAGACUGCCGCUCCCUUCAAGGUCUCUGAGCACCUCAAGCCCAUGCAGCUGUAA